UGCCUGGUCUGCAAACUCCAAAAGGAGGCCCAGGGUCCCCAAAGAUUCUGAUUAGGUGUCUAGUUUAUCAGAUGUUUGGGGGGUGGGGGGUGUUUGUACACGAGUAGAAUAGCAGCUUUGUAUGUUACGAGUCUCUGUGUGUGUGUGUGUGUGUGUGUGUGUGUGUGUGUGUGUUGACAGGGUUAUGGGUUUCUGGGUCCUGUGCCAGCCUCUGCUGCAGGGUCUCCACUCAGAGUUGGUAUCUGCGUUGUUUCUCGCUGACUCUUCGUUAAUCCCGUUAAGCAGCGAUGUCAGCGCCUGGUUAAAGAUUAUUUUUAGCAGAUUGACACAGAGACUCAGUUUGCUGUUGAACGUCUGUCUCUGUGAGUCUCUGUAGUUUCGGGCUCUGAGAGUGAGGACAUUAUUAUUUUUUUUUUUUUGAGUGCUGAAGGAUAACUCUGGUAUUUGUGUUUGUGUUACUGUGUGGUACUUUUACUUCAGUAAAGUAUCUGAUUACUUCUUCCACCACUGAAAGUCCCACAGUAACACAGACACACUAACAGAUGGAGGCAGUGGUAUAUAUAUUCUACUGAUUUACACACAGCAAAACACUGCUGCUGCUGCUGCCACUGAUCAUAACCACUCUGACUUGUUUUGUUUUGCACGAUAAAUAGAAAUAAAUGACGUCUAAAUAAAUAUAGAAUGAAAUGAAAGAGAGGAAAGCUGCAACAUGCACCAGGACAAAAGGUAAAUAAAGAGGUGUCUCAGUGCAGAGGAUCCUGCAGCUCCAACUGAGCAGAUCUUUGAUAGUUGGUUUGAUUGACAGGUUAAUGACACACCGGUAACUACACACACUGGAGCUGCGUGGUGUGUGUGUGUGUGUGUGUGUGUGUGUGUGUGCGUAUGGUUUCACUCCCACUCACUGGUGUUUUUGCUGCUGUUCAGUUCACAUUCUGUCUCACACAGCACAGGGAGCAGUGAGGACACCAGAUGGGUGUUGUGAUGCUUCUCUGCUCAUCUUGUCUGCGAUGAGAGAAUGAAACGAGGUUAGCUCAGUGUACCAGGCUGCUGUGAGCCUGUUAAUGUGGAAUCAGUCACAAUCUGCACUGGCUGGAGUUCCUGUUUGACCACUGUGUUUUUCUGCCUCUGUGUAGAUGUGAUGGAUGCCUGAGAGAGCAGCUAACGGUCAAAUAAUCAAACGAUCAAUAAUGUGUCAGAGUUUUUCCUCCCAAUAGCUAAUUCAUGGGUUUUUACUUCCUCUUACACCAGUGUGUCUGUUCAGGACCUCACAUCACUGUAACUGUUAACAACAUGUCAGAGACACUUUCAAACACAUCUCCGCCGCUGGAUCAGGAAACUGUGUUUAACCUGUGUCUUUUGUUUUCAUCCCUCGAGUGUUUACUGCUCGACCAGAUUUACUCUCCUGCUUCCUUGAAUUUUUCCUCCUUGUGUGUGUUUGCUGCAGCCCUCUCUCUCUCUCUCUCUCUCUCUCUCUGUGUGUGUGUGUGUGUGUUGCUGCUGACAGUUGAGAAAUGAUGAAUCAUGUUGCUGUUUCUUCCUCAGCAGCAGCACUGACUGAUUUCCGCCGCUGGGGGGCGUCAGCCCGCCACAUCACCUCUCCAUUCUCCUAUAAACAGCCUGAUGUCUGAUGGACUAAAGGUUUUGUUGUUGAUUGAUUUGAUGUUGUAUGACAGAGGUGAUGUGUCAGAACGAGAAGGACCAAGAAGCUCUGUUGUUUAUUUGUGUGAUUCAUUACAGAUUCCUUCAUUUAUCAGAUUCUUAUUCUAAUGUAGCGGCAGGGGGCGCUGGUUGGAGCUCCACCUGGGAAGAUUAUUUAUGGUCAAAUUAAAUUUAGGUUUGUAUACAGCUGCAUUGUAUGUGUGUCAUAAUUGGAGACUUAAAUGAACCAGUUUAUUCGGUGUUUGACCCUGUUGCAGAAAUAUUUGACUUCUCCAUCAACAUGGAAGUUAAAAGUUGUAUUUCCACCUUUUAAUUGGCUAAAGAGGGGGGACAUACUGUCUGUGGGAUCAGGGCUUCCUGUAAGCUUAGUUCAUUUCACUUGGAAAGCUGCGGAGCUUCAUAUGGCGCUCUGCUCGGUAAGCCUCUUAGGAAUCACGAGCACGGCAGAUGCGGGGAGAAUGCCAAUCAGGAGCUCCUGCUGAGCGGAGAAACCCGACGGCUGUGCCAGUGCGCGCUUCAAAUCUCCGCCACGGUUCACACGAAACGCGUUUGAAUAUUGUUUGGCGCCUCCGGUUUGCAGUAAACAACCCAGACCUGCAGCAGGAACACGUGGUCUGUCGAGGAUGGGGCGCGCGGGCAGUCUGGGACGACUCUGAACCCGUCAGACAACUCAAACAACAACCACCCUUCUGUUGUUAAAGGGACAAACAUGCUCCCUCAGGAGGUCGGGAAGCAGAAGUCCCGCCGUGUGUCGGAACCGGUGUGCGGAGGAGACGGUCCCCCGGUCCCACCUCGGCGCUUAAAGACCCGGGACUUCCCUCUGAGCGUGAAGCGCCGCAGGUCCGGCUCCGCACCUGAGCGCAAGGUGAACUGCGUCCUGGUCGGAGACGGAGCGGUGGGCAAGACCAGCCUCAUCGUCAGCUACACCACCAACGGGUACCCGACGGAGUAUGUCCCGACGGCGUUUGACAACUUCACAGCGAUGGUUGUGGUUGACGGGAAACCAGUGAGACUGCAGCUCUGUGACAUGGCCGGACAGAAAUGGGGGCUGGUUGAUGGAUCAAUCAACGACGAGCUCGAGCGCCUCCGGCCUCUUUGCUACAAGAACGCAGACGUCUUCCUCCUCUGCUACAGCGUGGUCCGCCCCUGCUCUUUCCGUAACCUGAUCGACAAGUGGGUCCCUGACAUCCGUCUGCACUGCCCCGGCGCUCCCCUGGUCCUGGUAGGCACCCAGCUGGACCUGAAGGAGGACGUCCAGGUGCUGAUCCACCUGGCGCAGAACCAGGAGCGGCCCGUGGACACGGAGGAGGGCCUGAGGCUCGCCCAGGAGCUCGGGGCGGUGAGCUUCGCAGAGUGCUCGGCGCUGACCCAGAAGAACCUGAAGGACGCUUUUGAUUCUGCCAUCUUGGCCAGCAUCCAGCAGACAGACAGCAGCGGCGUCCAGCAGCAGAGGCUGACUCUGAGGAGGAAGACGCCAGACAAGAUCAAGAGCCUCUCGGAAACCUGGUGGAAGAAGAUCAACUGUCUGAUGGGAGAGCAGAGCUGUGAAUUCAAGUGAACAAACCUGGGUCAGAUAAUGUCUGCUGGUAGAUUUGGUUUGUUCUAGCCUGCAGAGAGAGGGCGCCAGGUGGGCGGACAGGUCUGUAACGCAACGUUUUUCAUUUUAAAUGCCGGAAUCCAGGAAAGUGUAGGCAGAAAAAUGUCCCCCCUCACUUUUAGUGGCACUUCACUUUUGAAAACAGUUAUUAAACGUCCUCUGUGGCUCUGGUAGAGGCAUCUAAACCAUCAGCUGCUCAGUCACAGAGUCUGUAACUGAAGAUAUUCAGUAAGGCACUGUGUAUACCAGUGCUUUAAAAACUUUCUGAUCGUCCUGUGUGUCGUCCUGCUGCAGCUGCUUUAAAAAGCUGUGUCUUUCUACCUCAGCCCCCUGAUUUCUUCACUCAUGCCCUUUUUAAAUUAACUUUUGUGGAACUGCUGGAACAUGACGGAGGGAGAUCAGCACCAUCUCAGGAUAAACAGACACUUUAAACCCACAGGAAGUGUCUGACCUGAUUCUUCAUGAAUUUGUCCUGACGCUGACGUUAACCCCGCCCACCUGAGGCUCUCUGGAGAUUAAAACAAACACCACAAAUGUUACCAGAUCCAAGUUUGGCUUCAUGUAAAGACACUGACUGUUCAACAGGCUGAUAAAGAGCAGUUGUCUAACGUGGUUUUGUCACUUUCACACCCCAACAUUACUAGUACUUAGUUUGACUGUUAGUUUAUUUAUUUCUGUUUGUUUAUUUAUUACUAUCAUCAUCAUUAUUAUCUUUGCCAUCACUGAUCAUGGAGGAAUGUUCAGAAGCCUUGAUUAAAGUUUCUAACGGUGGUCAAA